AAGAGCGAACAAUGUUACCUGGAUCCCAUGCAUGGGUAUACAUAUAAUCGAGCACACACAAGCAGUGACCUUGACACACGAAAUUGUCCAUAAGAUAGUAUUCUAAGCGGACGGUUGUACACACGGGCAGGGUAUGUAGCCACGAUGGAGUCAGUUCUUUCAAUUGUCUUCUUGGUUGUUGUGGUUGUUUCAGUUGUAGAACAUUCACAAGGUCAAACACACAUUAAGAAGAUAGUGUGCAGUGAUGAAUCUGUCUUGUGCCACGAUGGUUCACACUGUGUGGAGAAGGCCAAAUUUUGUGAUGGACAGAAUGACUGCUUUGAUCUCUCAGAUGAAUUAUUUUGUGGGAAACAGAGCUGUACUCCAGUGGAGUUCCCAUGUCUAGAUGGAGAUCAGUGUGUACCCAGAGCCAAUAUUUGUGAUUAUUCCCAUGAUUGUCAUGAUGGCUCUGAUGAAGAUAUAUGUGAGGCCACAGAGAGGUGCAAUGAACAGCAUGGGAGAUAUUUGUGUAAAAAUGCACAACAGUGUAUAAAUAUGAGUCUACUAUGUAAUGGCAUAACUAACUGUCUAGACCAAUCAGACGAGGGAGGGCAGUGUGAGGAGUCCAGUAAGAACUGUACAUCUGAUGGUUAUUGUGGACAUACCUGUCUACCUACUCCAACAGGUUCAGUGUGUCAGUGUAAGGAAGGCUUCUUGUUACAGGGAAACUCAUGUCAAGAUGUAAAUGAAUGUCAAAACAAAGUCUGUAGUCAGCAUUGUAUAAACACUCCAGGAUCAUAUAAUUGUUCUUGUGAUGAAGGGUACAACUUUGAAAAUAGCAGGCAGUGUAUAGCUAAUGGUUCUGAUCCAGUAUUAUAUAUAGCAGCAUACAACAGAAUUGUAUCGUACAACAUCAGGUCCUCUAACCAACAAUUGGUCACAGUUGUAGAUAGCCUCAGUCAUGUUCAGUAUAUAGCUGCAGACAGUACACAUUUAUAUUGGACAGACCAGAAAGACGAGGCUGUAUAUAAAUAUGACAUUGAUGAUGGUCACAUGUGGAAAGUGGUAGAUACAGGUAUUGACUCUCCUAGAGGUAUUACAGUAGAUGCAGUGACAAAUCACCUGUAUAUUGUGGACAGUUCUAAAAAUAGAAUAACUGUGUGUGAUAAUUAUGGUGGAGUAUGUACAGUGAUACAGAAAGAUCUGCACACACCAGAGGACAUACUUAUUGUGUAUAAACACAGGAUUCUUAUUUGGUCAGAGGUUGGUAAGAAUCCUGCCAUAAUGAAAUCCCAAUUGGAUGGCAAGGUGAAGAACAUACUAAUUAAUAAAGACAUUCAGCACCCAAGCAGUAUUGCUGUAGAUGAACCUAUAGAUAGGUUUUAUUGGUUAGACUCUGAAUUAGAUAGGAUAGAAAGUAUCCAGCUAGAUGGAUCAGACAGACAGAUUGUUAUCUCCAGAAAAGUGGUUAAUCCUUUUGGAUUGUUUGUAUUUGAAGAUACCAUGUAUUGGGCUGACCAAGAACAUGCAUCUGUGAUGUCCGCUAGUAAGUUCAGUGGCAGACAGCUGUUGCCAUUGUCAACAGGAAUAAAUCAUGUGACUAGUCUUGUUAUAGACCAUCCAGUUUUAUAUCCUUCUGGUUAUGGGUCAUUGCACCAAGACAAUACAUGUCUACUGUCUACAUGUUCAGACAUUUGUCUCCCCUCUCAGAAAGGCCAUUCUUGUAGAUGUCCAGUAAACAAGGUUUUAGAUGUCAACAAUAGAACAUGUAUUGAUAAUGUAGAAUGUCCUAGGAUACUGAUAGGAGAAAACAGAGCUAUAUUGACCUAUCCAUUGUGUGGGAUAGGGAAACAGGAAUAUCUCGCAUCACAUAUCAUUACUGAGGAAAUGAAAAAGGUUUCUGUCAUAGCACAAUCUGGGACAGAAUUAUUGUAUAGAGAUGUUAGUCGAGGGGUGAUUGCAUACAUCAAUUUAAACGAGUCAAGGCCAAGGGAGAUAAUCCUAUUCAAGAACUUGCAUACUGUGUCUGAUGUAUGUGUUGACUGGAACAGCGGUAUCCUGUAUUGGACAGAUCCUGCUCAGGGUGUGGUACAAGCUGGUAAAUUCAAGGAAGGAUUAAUCACUACUAUUACAAGAGCAGAGAAACAACAUCCAAAUUCUAUUGCUUUUGAUCCUGUUGGAAGGAAAAUAUACUAUUCUACAUCUGGAAAAAUAUCACAAAUUAUCUCCUGUUACUCAGAUGGGGACAAUUGUUCUGUAAUCAGUGUCAAAGUAUCUCUUGUCAGUGACAUGGUAGUUGACCAAAACAGUAAACGUUUGUUCUACACAGAGACAGGAGAUCACAGUAUAUAUGCUAUAAGUUUGGAAGGUGAUGUCCCUGCUGUUACAAUUCACAGAGGAACACCCGGAGAGAACCCAAAGUUUUUAGCAGUUUAUAUGGACACUGUGUACUGGGUUGACUCUGAUAAAAAGGUUGUCAUGUCUGUACAAACUGAUGGUAGAAACAGAUUAGAAUCACAAGUUCUGUCAAAGUUAGCUGUACCAAAUGAAAUAAUAGUGGUUCCUUCCUCAAGUAGUUUGUCGAAUUUCUGCAGUAAGGAGAAUGGUGAGUGUAUGCACUUCUGUUUUGCCACUCCUAAUGGAAGGUCCUGUAAAUGUAAAGAUGGCUGGACUCUAAACAGUGACAAGAUAUCAUGUAAUGAAAAUAAAUGUAACCAAGAUACGUGUGACAGAAUUGUUACCAUGACAACUGAAAAAGUGCCUUCUGAAGCUGCCAAGAUCUGUGGAGGUUUUGUUUGUAAAGAUGGAAAUUGUAUUGGGAAGGAGUUUGUGUGUGAUGGUAAUCCUGAUUGCUAUGACAAAUCCGAUGAAUUAAAAUGUAACCAUGAAAACAUAGGUCAAGGGCCACCUGAAGAAAGUUGUGGUCCAGAUGGAUACUACAGAUGUGGUUCAGGAGAGUGUAUACCAUUACACAGUGUAUGUGAUGGGAUAUUAUUAUGUUCAGAUGGGUCAGAUGAAGGGAAGCUGUGUGCCAGUGCAUGUAAAGAUUCAGUCUGUAGGCAAGGUUGCUAUGCUACCCCUACUGGUCCUGUUUGUUACUGUGACUCUGGGUACCAGUUGACACACAACAAUGUCACUUGUGUAGAUAUGAAUGAGUGUGAUGUACAAAAUGGAGGUUGUAGCCAGUUCUGCUUCAAUAAAAAUGGCAGCCAUGUUUGUUCCUGUGUAAAUGGUUACAGAUCAAGUGAUAAUGGAAGACUCUGUACUGCAAAUAAUUUACAGCCAAGUUUUAUGAUUGGGACAUUAAGAGAUGGUGUAAUUGUAUUAGAUGAUCAUGGGCAGAAAAUCGACACUGACCGUACUAAAGAUUUUGACAAGAUUACUACAUUGGAUGUUAACAUGCAUACAGGAGAUGGAUAUUUCUAUUCAAGCAAGGGAAUACAUCUUUAUUCUUUGAAGAAAAGGGGGAUGAUUAAAACCAGGGGGAUUAAAACCAUCAGUAAAAGACUAGAGUAUGUCAGCAGUAUAGCUUUUGAUUGGAUAGGAGAAAACCUGUAUGUCUCUGAUGAAACAAAGAAACACUUAUUGGUGUGUAGUGUGAAGGCUGUGCCACUACAGUGUAGAACAGUGCUGUAUGAGGAGGUUGAUAGUGUGGCUUUGUAUCCAGAUAAAGGAAUAAUGUUCAUAGCUAGCAUUAAAAAGAAGCAGAUUUUGAAGCUAUGUAUGAGUGGUACACAUCAUCAUGUGAUCAUAGACAGAGAUCUGAGCAUGCCCACUGACAUUGCAGUAGAUAUGCCAGCCAAUCGUAUCUACUGGAUAGAUAAAAUUCUUGGCAGAGUGGAAUCAGCUACUUUGAAUGGCGAAGAUCGGUAUAUAGUAAUAGAAGAACUUUCUAAAUAUCAUUUUACUGCAUUGGAUGUGUUUGAAAAUGAUGUUUACGUAACAGAUCAGAAAUCAGGUUCAUUAUUCAAGAUGAGCAAAUUUGGAGGAACCAACCCAGAAGUUGUACUGAAUGGAAUUAAUAUGCCAUCUUGUAUCAGAGUUAUCCACCCUUUGUUACAGAAGCAUGAUAAGAAUGUUUGCCAGCCUUUGCAUUGUUCACAGCUAUGUUUGUUGACGGUUGAUGGAGCAGAAUGCUCCUGUUUUGAUGGUUAUCUGUUACAUAACAAGACACAAUGUAUAGAUAUAAGAGAAAAAUCUGUUCCAAACAUUACUCCUAAAGGGGAGAUAAUUCAGCUUGUUGGAUCAUCAACAAAGCAACCAACAACACCACCUGUCUUAGUGUCAACUGUAAGGGGAGAUAAACCAACCAAAAUACCCGGAGAUGAUUCUUCAGAUGAUAAUAAGAUCGUUCCAACAGAGAUUAGGAAUGAUAAUAGCACAGAUGGUCAGCAAUGCUAUUUACCAUGUCAUAAUGAUGGUCAUUGCUUCUAUAAUAAACUUGAACCCAGGUGUAUUUGUGAGCAUGGCUACAAUGGUAAACUAUGUGAGAUAGAAGUCAACAGUAAUCACCAGUCUUAUACCUGGGUUCUAGGAGUAGUAAUUGUUGUACUGUCACUAGUCAUGGCUGCUCUUUAUAUUUAUUUCAUCAAAUAUAAGAGGGAUGGCUACCAUUACAUUCCAUGUAGAAAGAAGCCAGACGACAGUGAGGAGGGUUUGGUUACAGAGAUGACGUACCAUCCGACCAUAUUUGGUAAUGGGGUCUUCCAAGAUAUGGAUGAUAUAAAUUACCCUCCAGAUUUUACUGACUCUGUCCUCAACUUAUCCUGUCAGUCAGUGGACUCAGCUUUUGUCAGUAAACAUGAGGAAACAGACAGUGAAGCAUCACGGAGUCCAGAUAGUACAGGUCGCUACAGUUAUGUACAGAUAUAAAAUGGAUUACUGAAAAUUCAUCUUUUAUUGGUGUCUGCCCCUUGAAUGGGAAUUGUUUAACCCUUGUCAGAUUGAUCGUCCAGUUUUAACUAAGACUAUUUUGUGUGAAGGGACUUGUAUAUACACUGAAAUUUUAGAACUAGCUUGAUCGAUUGAUUGACAUAUAGUGGCACCACUAUACCACCUCUGUUAGCCUAAUACAAGAAUGAAUUGAUUAAUAAUAGAUUAUCUUUCCCUUGUGAUAUUGACUAUCAAAUAGAUAAAUUUAUAUAUUAUAAAUAUUUUAUCUUGGUAUUUUGCUUUUGUUAUUUUUCUGAAAACACUUUGGUGCAAAUUGAAUAUUUAUUGU